AUGUUAAACGUUGUAACAGUCAACACAAACCCCUAUGAAGGACAGAAGCCGGGCACCAGUGGUUUGAGAAAGAAGGUGAAGGUUUUCCUUCAAGAAAACUACACUGAAAACUUUAUUCAAAGUAUAUUGGAUGCAAAUAAGGAUUCCAUAGUUGGGAGUACUUUGGUAGUUGGUGGUGAUGGCAGAUAUCUCGUCAAGGAGGUGGUCCAUAAAAUUAUAAAAAUUUGCGGUGCUAAUGGAGUUGCCAAAUUGCUCAUUGGUCAAAAUGGUAUCCUAUCUACUCCAGCUGUUUCUUGUAUAAUAAGAAAAUACAAAACACUUGGCGGAAUCGUACUAACAGCCUCGCACAACCCGGGCGGCAUCAACAACGACUUCGGCAUCAAAUUCAACUGCAGCAAUGGAGGACCGGCCCCGGAUAACACCACCAACGAAAUUUACUCGCUCACCACUCACAUCAAGCAGUACAAGAUCGUGCCGGACCUGGUCUGCGCCGUGGAUCAGAUUGGAAUGCAAACGUUUACGGUGGAAGACCGUCAGUUCGUGGUGGAGGUGAUAGAUCCGGUUCAGGACUACGUGGACUACAUGAAAGAGAUCUUCGACUUCCCGAAGAUCAAGACUUUAAUACAGGGCUCCGAGCAGAGGCCGCCCUUCAAAAUGCUCAUUGACUGCAUGAGCGGAGUAACGGGUCCGUACGUGAAGCGCAUCUUCAUCUCUGAGCUGGGUGCUCCGGAAGGCAGCGUGAGGAGAGCAACCCCGCUGGAAGACUUCGGCGGCGCUCAUCCCGAUCCUAAUCUCACGUAUGCGGCGGACCUCGUCACCGCUGUUAAGAACGGGGACUAUGACUUUGGCGCCGCUUUUGACGGCGACGGCGACAGGAACAUGAUAAUCGGGCGGGACGCGUUCUUCGUGUCGCCGUCGGACUCGCUGGCCGUGCUGGCGGAGCACGCGCAGUGCGUGCCGUACUUCGCGCGGCGCGGCGUGCGCGGGCUCGCCCGCAGCAUGCCCACAGCAGCCGCAGUCGAUCGCGUCGCAGCUAAACACGGCAAGGAGAUGUUCGAAGUGCCCACAGGCUGGAAGUACUUCGGCAACCUGAUGGAUGCUGGGCGGUUGUCGCUAUGCGGCGAGGAGAGCUUCGGCACCGGCUCCGACCACGUGCGGGAGAAGGACGGCGUGUGGGCCGCGCUGGCCUGGCUCUCUGUACUCGCCACCAGCGGCCUGUCCGUGCAGGGAACCCUGGAGGCACACUGGGCGAAGUACGGCCGGAAUUAUUUCACCAGAUACGACUAUGAAGAAUGCGCCAGCGAUCCCUGCAACGAGAUGAUGCAAGCCCUGGAAAAGAAGAUCACAGCGCCAGGGUUCGUGGGCUCCAGUUUCAGCAGCGGCAACAAGACCUACGUGGUCAAGUUGGCCGACAACUUCUCGUACAUGGACCCUAUUGACAAGAGCGUCGCUAUGAAGCAGGGUCUUCGCAUAAUAUUCGAGGACGGAUCUCGUAUUGUGCUGCGAUUAAGCGGCACGGGAAGUUCCGGCGCGACCGUCAGACUGUACAUAGACUCGUACGAAGCGACCGAGGUUCGCGGAGACGCGCAACAGAUGCUGCGGCCGCUGAUCGAGGUCGCUCUCGACAUCUCGCAGCUUCGCCAGUACACCGGCAGAGCCGCGCCCACCGUCAUCACGUAG